AUGGAGGUCUCCGAAAACCAGGUCAGCCUCGAGCAAACGAGCCUCAAGGUUUCAAUGACUGACCGCGACCAGCCGCCCAUGCGCCAGUCCAAGAUGGCGAACAGUCGACUUCCAGCGCCGAAAUCCACGAGCCACGGCCUCGCUGAGAUCAGCGACAACAAUCACAACUUGCGCAGCGUGGGUCAUUCGACUGUACCACAGAAGCGCGAAAUACCACAGCCAGCUGUUCAGUCGAGGCCCAAGCAACAGCGUCGUCCUCUCGCCGAGCAGGCGGCCGAGUUUGCGAUCAAGCCAGUGGCUACUGCGCCGAUAACGAGAUCAACGUCUAGAAUCCAAGGACAGAGCUUAAAGUCUAUCUCAUCUUCAGGAAUCCAGCAGCCAACAUCCUUCCAGUCUCGACAGGCAUCCAAUGCCACAAGCACCUCAACGAACAGCUUCGGCAAAAGUAUUGGUCCAGGUCGGCAUGGCGGACAGGCGCAGCCAGCGCGACCCGUCACCCGAGCAUCACACACGCGAUCGAAGAGUCAAGCUCCCCGUCCCAAGACUGCGCACGCCCACUACGACGAAGAUACAAGCACAAACGGAUCCGCAAGUAAUGUGUGGGAUGUCGACGGUCGUGUGGGUGACAUGGAAUCUCAGUUCAAGGACCUCAAAGAAAUGGUCAAUGCCACCCUGAGUGACAGGAAAAGUCACGAAGAUGCGCUAGAGUUGGCCAAAACUCGCGUAUCUGAACUGGAGAGGGAUCGUACCAAGUUGGACGAGCGUAACGAGAGUCUACAAAGGUUGCUCGAUGAAUCGAGGGAGGAAAGCCGAAGACUGCGACACGACCUCGAAAAGCAACAGUGGGAUCAGAGCCGGCAAGUGGACGACCUGAACCGGAAGCACCGCGAUACGGUCGACGAUCUUUCCAAACAACACAGGGCAGCGGUGGACGAUCUCAGCAAAGAGCUGGAUUACUUGAAAGAGCAAGAGACAAGGAAUCACCAGGAGCGGAUCGAUGGCUUGACACGGCACUAUCAGCAAGAGAUUGAGGACGAGCGGCAAAGAAAAGAUCGGGAAAUCCAGGAACUCAAAGCCCAGAUGGCCCAGGAUCAUCAAGGCCUCGAAACGUCGCUGGGUCGGAAAGACCGUGAUAUCCAAGAGGCCCGAGCGGAAACAGAGACAUUGCGACAGGACUUGCUUCAAGAAAAGGCGCUCAGGAACAGUCUCCAAAACAACAUUGCGGAUCUGUCCGCGUCCAACACCACGCUCGAAGGCAAGAUUAACUCGCUCCGAUCACAGGUUGAGUUCCUCGAAUCCGACAGCAAAGCCCAGUCCGAUUCGUUUGCGGACAUGGAGACACGCUUGCAAGAGGCUCUUCGAUUUGCGGACGAGGCCAAGGCAAAGCUGAUCAAAGAGGAGACGGAGCGCCGUGUCCUUUUCAACAAGUACCAAGAGCUCAAAGGCAACAUCCGGGUCAUGUGCCGUGUGAGGCCGGCCCUGCAGAAAGACGAGCAAAACACGGCACAGAUGACGUACCCUGAUGAGAAGACAUCCGCUGAAAUUGUGGUGGCUGGCCCGGAGGAGAGAAGCAGCCUUGGUGUUGUGUCGCGCAAGAACCACCCAUUCGAGUUCGACCGUGUGUUCACGCCCAGCUCACAAAACGAAGAGAUCUUUGCUGAGAUUUCUCAACUCGUCCAAAGCGCUCUCGACGGGUACAAUGUGUGCAUCUUCGCCUACGGCCAGACUGGAUCAGGCAAGACGCACACCAUGUCCGCUAUGGACGGCAUGAUACCCCGGGCGACGCACAUGAUCUACGAUACCAUCCACAAAUUGAAGGAGAAGUCGUGGGAGUACACGAUGGAGGGAUCCUUUGUGGAGGUCUACAACGAGGAACUUCACGACUUGCUGGCAUCCCCUGGUGAUGGCAAGACCAAGCGGCUGGAGUUACGGCAUGACGAGGCACGCAAGCAGACCUCCAUUGUGAACUGUCAGACGGUGUUGCUCGAGUCACCCUCCAUGGUGGGAGAAAUGCUCGACCACGCACAGCAAAACCGAUCGGUGGCCGCGACGAAGGCGAACGAAAGGUCAUCGCGAUCUCACAGCAUCUUCAUCCUCAAGCUAGUGGGCAGCAAUUCGACCACGGGCGAACGAUGCGAGGGCACGCUCAACCUUGUAGAUCUUGCGGGUUCGGAGCGUCUGAAGCACUCGCAGGCGGAGGGCGACCGUAUGAAGGAAACCCAAAACAUCAACAAGAGUCUGAGCUGCUUGGGGGACGUGAUUGAGGCGCUUGGUCGAGGCUCGGGACACAUUCCGUACCGCAACUCCAAGCUGACCCAUCUGCUCCAGUACAGUCUAGGCGGCAACUCAAAGACGAUGAUGUUCUGCAUGGUUUCGCCGAUGGAGACUCAUCUCAAGGAGACGCUGACAACGCUUCGUUUUGCGACCAAGGUUCACAACACCCACAUUGGUACUGCGAAGACGACCAAGAGAGUCAAGGGCGAUGUGUAG